CUCUGCGUGAGCGCGCUUGUCCUCUGAGCCAGUUUGGGGGGGGUCAUCGCCGCCGUGUUGAAACGGUAGUGAUUUCUUUGUCUGGCAAGAGUGUUCCGUGCCCUGGUUACCGGGAGAAAAAUUAGAGGGGCGGAAACACUGAAACACUGACGUUUUAACAGUGUUACAUUGUAGUUCUCUGGCUGUGGAGGUCGAAGAACUCAGAAGACACUCCUCGUUCAGUCGAAAAUUGUACGCCAUUCGUUUUCUUAAGUCCUGUUUGAGGUCUCCUGUGAAUUUACCGAUUCGCUUAUUGUGAAGAUGAGGGGGAGCUCCCUAGUUGAACAGACUGUUUGAGGAAGACGACUGCUUUUGUACGGAUAGUAUUUAUUACCUUUCAGUGAUUGGGUCAGAAGAUGAAUCCGACUAAUCCUUUCAGUGGGCAGCAGCCUAGUGGUUUUCCAACAUCUUCCAGUAGUUCCAUAGGAACAUUUCAGACUAAGCCACCAUUUCGGUUUGGACAGCCCUCUCUUUUUGGACAAAACAAUACGUUGUCUGGGAAAAGCUCAGGAUUUUCACAGGUGUCCAGCUUCCCAGCAUCUUCUGGACAAAGUCAUUCUUCGGCGCAAACAUUAGGGUUCUCCCAAACCUCAUCCGUUGGGCUAUUUUCUGGACUUGAACACACUCCGGCCUUUGUAGCUGCUUCCGGGCCUUCAAGUUCAUGUGUGUCUGGAAACCCAGGAUUUAGUUUUAAAUCCCCCAACCUUGGGGCAUUCCCAAGUACUUCUGCUUUUGGACCAGAAACUGGAGAAGUAGCAAGCUCUGGUUUUGGGAAAACAGAAUUUAGCUUCAAACCUCUGGAAAGUUCAGUGUUCAGACCAAUAUUGGGGGCCGAGUCUGAGCCAGAGAAAACUCAGAGCCAAAUUACUUCUGGAUUUUUUACGUUUUCCCACCCAGUCAGUGGUGGACCUGGCGGACUGGCCCAGUUUUCUUUUUCUCAGGUGACAAGUAGUUCGGCCACCAAUUCAAAUUUUACCUUUUCAAAAUCAGGUAAUAAUAAUUCACCAUCUGCCUUUACCCCCGCUUUGUCAAAUCAAAAUGUUGAGGAGGAGAAGAGAGGCCCCAGAUCACUAUUUGGAAGUUCCAGUAGCAGCUUCACUAGCUUCCCCGUAUCUUCUUCAGGGUCCUUGGGUGAACCCUUCCCCAAAACAGGUGUCAGGCAAGGAUGCGAAGAAGCUGUUUCCCAAAUGGAGCCACUUCCCAGCCUCAUGAAAGGACUGAAGAGGAAGGAGGACCAGGACAGGUCCCCAAGGAGGCACGGUCAUGAUGCAGCAGAAGAUUUGGACCCUUUGUCGAGGGAUGAUCACCCUCCAGAUAAACGACCUGUUCGCUUGAAUCGACCCCGGGCAAGCACUUUGUUUGGUCGGACGAUACAGGAUGUCUUCAAGAGUAAUAAAGAAGUAGGUCGUCUGGGAAGCAAGGAAUCUAAAAAAGAAAUUGGCUGUGCUGAGUCUGGGGAAAAUGAUCACGUGGCCAUCCCAGGAGGGAGUCAGUCUGUCCUGGCAACUUCCCGGCUUCCAGGUGUGAAUAAAGAGGAAGAAACUGAAGGCAGAGAUAAAAAAGAAGAUUCUCUGAGAGGAACACCUGGCCGUCAGAGUAAAAGAAGUGAGAGCACAGACAGCCUUAGGGGCGUGUCUCCCGCUGAGGUCACGGCAAUCCAGUGCAAGAACAUCCCUGACUACCUCAAUGACAGAACCACUCUGGAGAACCACUUUGGCAAAAUUGCCAAAGUCCAACGCAUCUACACCAAGCGCAGCAAAAAGCUUGCAGUGGUGUAUUUUUUUGAUCAUGCAUCUGCAGCCCUCGCUAGGAAGAAGGGGAAAGGUUUGCAUAAAGACAUGGCUAUAUUUUGGCACAGAAAAAAAAUAAGUCCCAACAAGAAACCCUUUUCCCUCAAGGAGAAGCAGCCCGGCGAGGGUGGAGCUGCCCCGAGCAUGGAGGACUUGCCCUUUCAGCACUCCCCUCUGGGCAAGACCGCUGGCCUCCUGAGUAAAAGCUCCCCGGUGAAGAAGCCGAGCCUCCUGAAGGUCCAUCAGUUUGAGGGAGACCCUUUCGACUUGGGCUCCGAGGGCUCCGAGGGUCUCGGGCCGUGUGUGCCAUCCCUCAGUGCCCUGAUAGGUACCGUGGCUGAGACAUCCGAGGAGAAGUACCGCCUGUUGGACCAGAGGGACAGAAUCAUGAGGCAAGCACGAGUGAAAAGAACCGACCUGGAUAAAGCGAGGACUUUUGUUGGGACGUGCCCGGAUAUGUGUCCUGAGAAGGAGCGGUACAUGCGAGAGACCCGGAGCCAGCUGAGCAUGUUUGAAGUGGUCCCCGGGACUGACCAGGUGGACCAUGCAGCGGCCGUGAAGGAGUACAGCCGCUCCUCGGCCGACCAGGAGGAGCCGCUGCCGCACGAGCUGCGUCCCUCCGCAGUGCUCAGCAGGACCAUGGACUACCUGGUGACCCAGAUCAUGGACCAGAAGGAGGGCAGCCUGCGGGACUGGUACGACUUCGUGUGGAACCGCACACGGGGCGUACGGAAGGACAUCACGCAGCAGCACCUGUGUGACCCGGUGACUGUGUCCCUGAUUGAGAAGUGCACCCGGUUUCACAUCCACUGCGCUCACUUCAUGUGUGAGGAGCCCAUGUCCUCCUUCGAUGCCAAGAUCAACAAUGAGAACAUGACCAAGUGCCUGCAGAGUCUGAAGGAGAUGUAUCAGGACCUGAGGAACAGGGGCGUCUUGUGUGCUCGCGAAGCAGAGUUCCAGGGCUACAACGUUCUGCUCAGUCUCAACAAGGGGGACAUCCUCAGAGAAGUGCAGCAGUUCCAUCCUGCCGUCAGAAACUCCUCUGAGGUGAAAUUCGCUGUUCAGGCUUUCGCUGCGUUGAGCAGUAAUAACUUUGUGCGGUUUUUCAAGCUGGUCCAGUCAGCAUCUUACCUGAACGCGUGUCUCUUACACUGCUACUUUAAUCAGAUCCGCAAGGAUGCGCUCCGGGCACUCAAUGUCGCGUACACGGUGAGCACGCAGCGGUCCACCGUCUUCCCCCUGGACAGUGUGGUGCGUAUGCUGCUCUUCAGGGACAGUGAAGAGGCCACGGACUUCCUCAACUGCCACGGCCUCACUGUUUCCGACGGCUGUGUCGAGCUGAACCGGUCCUCGUUCCUGGAACCAGAGGGCUUAUCCAAGGCCAGGAAGUCGGUGUUCAUCACCAGGAAGCUGAUGGUGUCAGUUGGGGAAAUUGUGAACGGAGGGCCAUUGCCCCCCGUCCCUCGUCACACCCCCGUGUGCAGCUUCAAUUCCCAGAACAAGUAUGUUGGAGACAGCCUGGCCGCGGAGCUGCCCGCGGGCACUCAGAGACCUGGCAUGGACGCAGUGGGUGGUGGGGGAGGAGAGGAGUGCGGUGCAGAGGCGGACGCACCCCGGCCGGCUCUCCCCCCGCAGCCUCUUCCCACGUCAACACCAGCACCUCUGCCUCACCUCCCGGCACUGGCCCCAGGUGCCGCGCCCAGCCUCUUCCAGGCCCCCGUGCAGCCGGAAAUCCUGCCUGCGAAGCCUGGGCCUGGGUACUCCGAUGCGGACCUGGCCCAGGUGGUGGACGAGCUCAUCCAGGAGGUUCUCCAGAUGGACUGCGAGGAAGUUGGUGCCGCCGGGGCGGCCUUCGCAGCCACAGCCCUGGGGGUUGCCAGUGCUGCUAUGGAGGAGCUGUUAACAGCUGCAACCACGGGCAUUUUGAGGCACGUUGCAACCGAAGAAGUGACCAAGGAACGGGAGCGGAAGGAGGAGGAGAGGCGGCGGGCCGAAGAGGAGAGGCUGAAACAAGAGAGGGAACUGCUGUUGACUGAGCUGGGCCAGGGCCUGGCCGCAGAGCUGACGGAACUCGUGGUGACGGAGUGUGUGAGGGAGACCUGCACCCAGGAGUUGAAGAGCGCGGUGGAGACAGACCAGAGAGUCCGCAUGGCCCGCUGCUGUGAGGAUGUCUGUGCCAGCCUGGUGGGCUUGUUUCUCGGGGAGGAAAUUUUCCAGACUGCAAAAGAGACCCUCCAGGAACUUCAGUGCUUCUGCAAGUAUCUCCAGCGGUGGAGGGAAGCUGUUGCCGCCCGGAAGAAACUGAGGCGCCAGAUGCGGGCCUUCCCGGCGGCGCCCUGCUGUGUGGAUGUGAACGACCGGCUGAAGGCUCUGGCGCCCAGCGCAGAGUGCCCCAUUGCUGCGGAGAACCUGGCCAAGGGCCUCCUGGACCUGGGCCAUGCGGGGAAAGUGGGCAUCUCCUGCACUAGGUUACGGUGGCUCAGGAACAAGGUGGAGCGCCAGAUGAAGGUCCAGCACUUCCACCAGCGCCUGCUGAGUGACGCAGCGUGGGCGCCCCUGGACCUGCCGUCCCUCGUGGCCAAGCACCUCCCUGGGAGACGGGAGCGUGUGUUUUGGAAGCUGGUGCUGAUGUUGCCGGAUGGAGAAGAGCAGCCCCCAAGGAGCCCUGGCAGAAUUCUAGCAAAUUGGUUAAAAGUCAAGUUCAUGGGAGGUGAUGGCUCAGUGGAUGACACAGACCACGAUGCUGGUGGGAUCCAGACACUCACACUCUUUAACACGCUCAGCAGCAAAGGGGAUCGGACAGUUUCCGUCAGUGUGUGUAUAAAGGUGGCCCAUGGCGCUCUUAGAGACUGUGUCCUCGAUGCGGCAGAGACACAGAAGGAGCUCCUGGGAGCCAGUGGGCUCAUGCUGCUGCUUCCGCCCAAAGUGAAGAGCGAGGACAUGGCGGAGGAAGACGUGUACUGGCUGUCGGCACUGCUGCAGAUCAAGCAGCUCCUGCAGGCCAAGCCCUUCCAGCCUGCGCUUCCGCUGGUGGUUCUUGUGCCUAGUCCGGGAGGGGCCGCCGUGGAGAAGGAAGGGGAAGAUGGUCUAAUGCUACAGGAUUUGGUUUCAGCUAAGCUGAUUUCAGAUUAUAGUAUUAUCGAGAUCCCUGAUUCCAUUAAUGAUUUGCAAGGCACAACUAAGGUUUUGCAGGCUGUGGAAUGGCUGGUCUCCCACUGCCCCUGUGCUCUUGACCUUUGCUGCCAGACCCUUGUUCAGUACGUGGAAGACGGGGUUAGUCGGGAGUUUAGUGGCCGGUUUUUCCACGACAGACGAGAGAGGCGGCAGGGCGGCCUGGUCUCGCAGGAGCCCAGCGCGGUCAUCGAGCUGUUUAACAGCGUGCUGCACUUCCUGGCCUCUGUAGCAUCCUCCGAGCAGCUCUGUGACCUGUCCUGGCCUGUCCCCGAGUUUGCCGAGGCAGGGGGCAGCCAGCUGCUUCCUCACCUCCACUGGAACACCCCGGAGCAUCUGGCCUGGCUGAAGCAGGCCGUCCUUGGCUUCCAGCUUCCGCAGAUGGACCUUCCGCCCCCCGGGGCUCCCUGGCUCCCUGUGUGCUCCAUGGUUGUCCAGUAUGCCUCCCAGAUCCCCAGUUCUCGCCAUACGCAGCCCGUCCUCCAGUCCCAGGUGGAGAGCCUGCUUCGCAGCACGUACCGCAGGUGGAAGAGCAAGAGCCCCUCGCCAGGCCCGGGGCCAGGGCCCUCCGUUGCCGAGAUCCCAUGGGAUGACAUCGUUGCCUUGUGCAUCAACCACAGGCUGAGGGACUGGACGCCCCCCAGGCUUCCCGUCACAUCAGAGGCACUGAGUGAAGAUGGUCAGAUAUGUGUGUAUUUUUUUAAAGACGACUUGAAAAAAUAUGACAUUCCUUUGUCGUGGGAACAAGCCAGAAUGCAGACGCAGAAGGAGCUACAGUUGAGUCACGGCCGUUUCGGGAUAAGGCCUCUUCAUCCUUCUGCAAACAAGCUUCCCACCCCGUCUCUUCACAUGCCCCGCCAAGCGAAGAGGAGCGUGGAGCGUGGUCGAGAGGGGCGGCUUCCCAGCGCGGAGGAGCUGACGCGGGGAGCCUCUGCCCAGGAGCUCCUGGCCCAGUGUCUGUCUAGUGGUCUGCUGCUGGAGAAAGAGGAGAGCAAGAGGUUUGAAGAUCAGCUUCAGCAGUGUUUGUCGGAAGACUCAGGAGCAUUUACAGGUUCAGUGUCCCUUCCGCUCUACCUUCCUCAGACUCUGGUGUCUCUGCCUCAGACUGCUGAACCUGUGAUGAGAGCGUCUACGACCACCAGCCCUCAGAAUAAAAGGACAGGGGAGCAACUGCAGUUGUCAGAGGUAACAGGCGCAUCUCUGACUGAACGGCUGAAGCACCUAGAAGGGCUGAUCCGGAGGUCAAGGGAAGAGGAAGUUGCCUCUGAGCUCCAUCUCUCGGCACUGCUGGAUAUGGUGGACAUUUGAGCUGCUGUGAGAGAGGGAGGGUCUCCCCAGAAGAUUUUCUUUUACUCAAAAUAAUGUUAUUCUCAGAUGCUUGAUGCAUGUUGGAAAUACGAUUAUUAAUCAUGCAAAAUAAACCACUGGAAUAUCUAGUGAGAUCUUCCUCAGUUUCCAGAA